AUGAGGCAAACACGAUAUGUCUCCUUUAAGACGCCACAUGACGCAGAGACCGCGGCGCGACCUGCAGACGGAGAGGAAGAGGAGGAGAGGAAGAGGACUCCAGCGCGCGGCCACGGGAAAAGACGCAUCUCCUCCCCGCGCUGCCCCGGGACGUCACGCGUCUGCACCAUUUUUAGACACGCGCUAAAAAUAGAGCGGUUUCUGGAGGCUUUUUGGGGCGCGCGAUCUGCGGCUGCUGGGCUGCUGUUGGUGCGUUUACACGACCGUCUGCGUCACAAAACGACGUAA